AUGACCAGUAAUGCCGAUCCGGUCUUAAACGCACCCUCUGCCCCCAAGUCCUUCCACCACGACCGCCCGCACAGCCCGCCGUCGCCUCGCCCGGCACCCAAGACGGCCGCGUUUCCGUCCCAACAUGCUCACGAUGAAGACCAGGACGCUGAAGGCGAGUCCGAGGCCGAGACGGUCGUCCUGUCACGGGACGAACACCCCGAAGAAAACAAGAUGAUCAAGACAGAGCGCGUCGAAGACGACGACGACGAUGCAUCGCGGCUGCGCUCCAUCAAGGAAGAGUCACGGGCGCAUUCAGCCCAGCCCAACGGCCGCCGUCGGUCGAGCAACGGCAAUCACGUCAAGGUCAAUGGCGCCAAACACGCCUCGGAGCGCGAUGCGAAGAGCCCCGUUCCUACUUCACCCAGCAGCCGCACGGCCUCGCGAAACACCAAGGACACCAGUCCAAACGACUCGGCCAAAUCGCCAGCCCGAUCCGCCCUCUCUCCCACACAAGCUACUACUCGCGGCCGCAGCGCGUCGACUGUCGAGAACCGCAAGCGCAAGCAGCGCGAUCAAUCCUUCCCCAAGACCUUCGAGCCACCGCGACAAAAAGCUAGGACCGAGGGCUUGAAGGACGCGCGCCCGCCCCAUUCGCCUGGCACGCCAGGUUUUGGCCGCCCGCACAAGCGUUCGCAGUCAACACAGUCCGCCGUCACGGGUAUAGCAGGCCGCAAGCGCCGCGAGGUAACCAAUCUCGCUCUGUCGACAGAAGAGCAUUGGUCAGGAUCGAGUUCAGAUCAUUCAACAUCACCGCAGCCCACGUCUGCGCCGCACCUCCAACACGCCCGGGUGAAGCGCUCCACCAACCGUGCGCUGACCUCGCCUGCACGCACUAUGCCCCAACGGAAGGUCGACAGAUUUGGCGCAACGCGUCUUGCUCGAGAAAGCGAAAGAGGCGAUCUGGAUGCAGUCAAGGAAGCCUUCGAAGACGCGCCCGACGAACUGAAUCAGCCCGACUACGCCGGCAUCGCUCCAUUACAAAAAGCCUCGCUGCACGGUUGGGCGCCUGUCGUUCGAUACCUGAUCAGCAAGGGCUGCCGAACAGACUGUGAAAGCCACGAUCGAGACACUCCUCUCAUCGAUGCGGUAGAGAACUCGCACUUGGAUGUCGUUAAACUGCUACUCAACGAGGGUCAGGUCAAUCCACAUCACUCCAACAAGAAAGGUCAGCGUGCGAUUGAUGUUCUGGACCCGGAAGAUGACGACGCAGAGGAGAUUGAGAAGGAGCUUAGAGAAGCGAUGAGAAGGCGGGCAGACACGUCCAACAACGACCCCGAACGCACCCAGAAGCAGGCCAAGACCGCAUCACGAUUAUUGUACAACGAGUUCAACGUGGAAACAUUGAUCGAGAAGGCUGGCGAUGGCGACAUCCUUGCAGUAGGAGAGCUGAUCAAUAGCAACAUCAAACCGAACAUUACCUGUGGCGUUGCAGCAGCAAGAGGUGGACACUACGACAUCCUCAGUAUACUCCUCGCGAGUGGUCUCAAGGCUGAUCCCGACCCGUCCAAGCAUCCAGAAACGCCCAUGACAGUUGCCAUCGGACGAGGAUACCUCAAGAUCAUACAACUACUUCUCGAGCAAGACAACUUCAAUCCCACUCGCCGAAACAAAGACAAUAAGACGUAUUACGAGAUUUCUGAGGAACGGCAUGGUCCCAAGUGGGAAGAAGAGAGGGAUAUGCUGAAGCGCGCCUGCGAGGAAUAUCAAACGACACACCGGAGCCCGCGGAGAGUCAAGAAAGAAGCUCCAAACGCCCCGGCGAACCGCAUGAAGAGAAAGACGUCGCCGCGAAGAGAACGGUCGUCCUCCCCACGUCCUAAUGCAAAACGCGCGCAGCUGGUAAAGUCGACGACCGAGCCUGCUGCACCACAAAAAUCUCGACGACUCAUGUCCGGAAAGGAAAAGGCGACCAGAGAAGACCAAAGAAGAAAGCGCGUUGUAGACGAUGAUUCAUCAGAAGAGGAGAGCGAAGAAGACGUACGGCCGCCCAUCCGGAAGGCCAAGCAGCGUUCUUAUAGCGAAGGCGAAGAAGCGAAGCCUGUCAAGAAGGUUGUGAAAGCACGAUCAGAUGACAAUGAAUCCAAACGACCGGACCGAGCACACUCAGACGAGAGCGACGAGGACCAUGGUACUAAGCAGCCAGUCAAGAUUCGGACAAAACCAGGCAGACCACUCAGCGCCAAACCGACACCCGAGAUCGAUUCUCCGGACGAACGCAAGGUUGUCAAGAAUAAGAUCAAAUACAAGACCGUUGAAGACAAGAUUAGGAAAAGAAAGAUGUCGGAUGCAUCAACAGACGAUGUCAGCGUGAAGAGGACGCCCACAGCAUCUGCCAAAUCUACGCCCGUACCGCCUGAAAGGAUAGCAACUCCAGAAGUUGAGCGCGCACGUCGUCAAGAGGAACACAAGCUACAGGCAGAAGCGAAACGCAAAGCCGCCGAAGUUGCAGCUGAGGCCGAGGCGAAGCAGAAGGAAGCGGAGGAGGCGGCUCGCAAAGCUGAAGAGAUCGAGCAAGCGAAGAAGAAGGCCGAAGCGGAAGCAGAGACACAGCGUCAAGCAGCAGAAGCAGAAGCAGCACGAAUACGAGAGGAACAGGAAACUCAACGCCGAGCAGACCAGGAAGCGAAACGCCAGAAGGAUCUGCUCGAACGUCAAGACCGGAUAUCCAGGCUCCCCCGAGCUUUGAGACGCGCCUGCGAAUUAGGCACCAAUCGACCGCUUCAUUUCGCAGGGGAGCAACUUGGUGUAUCUGCUAUUUUCCUACCUUUGUUCUUGGCAAAUGCUGAGGACCUCGGUGACUCGCAAGCCAUCCCAAAUCGGAAGUACAUCUGUUCGUUCCAGGCUGUCGGCAUACUUGGUCUUCCCGAACUCGAUCUAGCGCAUCUCGACGCUCCUUACUCUGAAUGGUCUCGCAUUCCCGUGAGCCGCGCACAACGAAAUGCCAUACUUCGCCAAUAUGAUAUUGCGCUGUUAGCCCAGGACACCAGAUUCCCAAUGGAAGGCUCGCCGGAGUUUGACUACGCCAAGAUCCAGGACAGCAUCAAGGAAGCUAAGCAUCAGUUCUCUGCUAUGGAGGGCCUGUACUGGGUGGAAGAGUCGCUGCUUUACGCUGAAGUCGAGAAGAUUGAAACCCUACGGCCGCUGCUCUGCCAUAUGCGCUCCGAUUGCAAAAGAAGACGUAUCCAUCUAGUAGAUAGCAGUGACGAGGAGCCAGAGAAGAAGCCGAAACCCAAGAAAAGCUUCAUGGACAUGGUGCGAGAGCACAACGGCAUCAAUGGCACAGCGCCUCGCGCAAUCGUCAACGGCAAUGGAUGA